AUGAAAUAUUUUUGUCUCCCCAGAAUUUCAAUGAUAAGCAUGUUAACUGGAAAUGGCUCCUUUGUGACUGAGUUUGUCCUUGCUGGUUUGACAGAUGGUCCAGAUCUCCAACUUCCUCUCUUUUACCUGUUUCUAGUGAUCUACAUUGAUGCAGUGGUGGGAGACUUGGGCUUGAUCACCCUGAUUGUUCUCAGUCCUCACCUGCACACCGCCAUGUACUAUUUCCCCUUCAACCUCUCCUUCAUUGACCUCUGUUACUCUUCUGUCUUCAGCCCAAAAAUGCUGAUGAACUUUGUCUCUGAGAAGAAUUCCAUCUCCUAUGAGGGGUGCGUGACUCAGCUGUCUCUCUUUCUCUUCUUUGUCAUCUCUGAAUGCUACAUGUUGACCUCAGUGGCCUAUGAUCACUAUGUGGCCAUCUGUAAUCCACUGCUGUAUAAGGUCACCAUGUCCUCUCAAGUCUGUUCUAUUAUAUUGUUUCAUAUAUCAUUUGCUACUUAUGUGAUGGCAUUUGCUGGAGCUUCUGCCCACACAGACUGCAUGCUCAGAUUGAUUUUCUGCAAUGCCAAUGUCAUCAACUUCUAUUUACGUGACAUUCUCCCUCUCCUCCAACUUUCCUACACUAGGACCUAUGUCAGUGAGCUUGUGGUUCUCAUAGUUGUGGGUAUUAACAUCACAGUACUCAGCUUUACCAUCCUCCUUUCCUAUGUUUUAAUCCUUGCCAACAUUCUAAACAUUCUAAACAUCAAAUCCAUGCAAGGAAGAUCAAAAGCCUUCAGUACCUGUAGCUCUCACAUCAUGGCGAUUUCUAUGUUUUUAGGGUUAGGGACAUUCAUGUACUUCAAUUAUUCUGGAUGUAUGCAUUGCUCUUGUGUUACUGAUAUUCUCACAAAUUUGUGUUAUAACAAUAACAUGUAA